UUUCGUUUUUUGGAUAAUUAUUUCUUUUUAGUGCAAACAAACAGAGAGACAGACAAUGAGUGAUAAAAGUUUCACAUUUAAGACAAUUAAAUAUCUGUUGAUAACGAAGAUAUGCAUCGGAAUUGUCUUCUCGUUCAUAAUAGUGUUCCUAUUGGUUGUGAUGACAUCCCAUCACUCGACCGAUGGUCGCCGGACUGGUAUCCCAGAGCAGGACAAUCUACUCUACGAUCACCCUGAUGCUAAGACCAUGGACAAAUCCAAGAUCGGAAUUAUGGUGGCAUUCAUGGCGAUCGAGAUACUAAUCCAGGUGUUGGGCCUAAUCGGGGUCAUUCGGGCCAACGUUAUACUAUUGCUCAUAUUUGGCGUAUUGGUAACGUUGGGCGCGUUGUUUGAGUUCAUCACGAUCUUCACUCGGGAGGGGAACGCCCUGUUCCUCAUAUACCUGACAUUUCUGUCGGUUCUAGUCUUUGUGUACAUACAUCUCGUGCGAAACGAGAGGCAACAGUUGCCACGCGUUCACUACAUCCCGGCGCCGACCAAUCCAUACAGUUAUAGCUUUUUCCCGCAACCAAAUUCACUACUAUUUAAGGACAGUUCCGAUGCUUAAGACAUAGUCUGUCGUGAAGUGGACAGUAAUUAAUGACUUAUAUCCUAGUAUUUGAUGUCAACUUUUAGUUAAUUUUGUGUUUUUUAAUUCAGAUAUUUUUUACAAUUAUUUUGAUUAUUCGCAUAGUCUUUGUAAAAGUGAUUUUAACAGAGAAACUGCUUUUUUGUAAAAUUAUUGAUAUUUUUACGACCGUUUAUUUAAUUUGAUAAUUAGCUUAAUUUUUUAAUUGUGUUUUAAACGUAAUGUGACUCUUGUUUUGUUGAAUUUUCAU